AAUGAGCACAGUGCGCCAACAACGAGGACACGUCAACCAGUUAGCUGUUAGCCGCUCCAAUGGAGGAAUGGAGGAAAACGGGACCCGGAACCAACUGAUGUUUCCUUCUCAAGUGGAAGCUUCGCUGAUCCGAUAUUAGGCAGUUCACAAUCAGUGCAACCUUGCUGCCUUCCAGCACCUGUCAUGCCUUAUGGAAUAUUCCCCCACCCACCAGCGGCAGUGGAGCAGGAUCCAUGUGUCCAGCAAUUAGCCUCCUCCUAGCGCCUUUUUGAUCACUGCAACUGUUUGCUUUUCAAGUUAUUGCUAAAAUUCAAGAGAUCAGACCUUUUUAUCAUGAGAUUCCGAAUCUACAAGAGGAAGGUGGUGAUAGUGACUGUGGUGGUUGUCAUUUGCGGCCUAGCCUUCUGGAGCAGUGGACGACAGAAGAAAAACGACUCUUUACCGAAGGAAGCGGUGGCAGUAAAGAGAAGUAACGGCAUUAGCAGCAGCCCUAACGAUCAUAUCCAGUUACCAGCCACACCUUCCGUUAGCCGAACACCCGUUCCACUUCCGGUUGUCCAAACAAAUGAGUCGCUCCCUGAAAGAUCAAAAGAUAAAGAAAACAAACCCAAUGUGGACAACUCUACCUUGGUCUACCGCAGCAUUGUCUUCCAGCUUAACUUUGACCAGACCAUAAGAAAUGAGAAGUUUAAGGCAGCACGGCAGAAGGACGACCUGGUUGUGGUGGUGCAAGUCCACAACAGACCAGAUUAUCUCAAGCUGCUGGUGGACAGCUUGCGAAAGGCCAGAGGUGUGGAAGGCAUACUGCUGAUAUUCAGCCAUGACUACUGGUCUGCUGAGAUCAACAAAGUGGUCAGCUCAGUCGACUUCUGUCAGGUUCUUCAGAUUUUCUUCCCAUUCAGCAUCCAGUUGUACCCGCAGGAGUUCCCCGGUAACGACCCCAAUGACUGUCCCAGAGACAUUCCAAAAAAGGACGCCCUAAAACUGGGAUGCAUCAACGCAGAGUACCCCGACUCGUUCGGACACUAUCGUGAGGCCAAGUUCUCCCAGACCAAGCACCACUGGUGGUGGAAGUUGCACUUUGUGUGGGACAGAGUUCAUGUCCUUAAGGACUAUAAAGGUCUGGUCCUGCUGAUUGAGGAGGACCACUUUCUGUCUCCGGAUUUUAUCCAUGUGCUGAGGCUGAUGUCUUCCCUGAAAAGGGAGCAGUGUAGUGACUGCGACAUCCUGUCGCUGGGCAGCUACAGUCACAUCGGCUACUCCAGCAAAGCCAACAAGGUGGAAGUAAAGGCGUGGAAGUCCACGGAGCACAACAUGGGCAUGGCUCUGAGUCGGGAGACCUACCAGAAGCUCCUCCGGUGCACGGACACGUUCUGCACCUACGAUGACUACAACUGGGACUGGUCCUUGCAGCACCUGACCGUGUCCUGCUUGCCUUCUUACUGGAAGGUCAUGGUCAGCGAGGCACCACGGAUUUUCCACGCAGGGGAUUGCGGCAUGCACCACAAGAAGACCACCUGCAUGCCGGCUGGCCAGAAAACCAAGAUAGAAAAUAUCCUGCAGACCAGCGGGAACCAGUUGUUCCCCAAGAACCUCCUGAUUACCAAGAGACUUCCGUCCAACGGGGCCGGAGGGGUGGCCCCGCAUGUGAAAAACGGGGGCUGGGGUGAUAUCAGGGACCACGAACUCUGCAAGAGUUACGUUCGUUUACAGUGACCUUAAUUGCUACUAUUCUAUAUUACUAUUGUCUCUUUUGCAUCCUCUAUACAGAAAGCCUUUUCAAACUAAAUCUUUAUGAACUUUUCUUCAUAUUGCCUGUUUUACUGACUGUUCGAAAUAAAGAUGAAUGUUGGAUCUUUGGCUUCCUUAA